AUGAGCGGCGCGCAGCAGCCCGCCGCGUCGAUGCCCGUCCCGCCGGCCGACGAUGGCGCCAAUUCGAGAGGCAGCGGAGGCUCCGCACGGGCAGGCGGCGGUCGGUCUCGUCAGAAUCCGCAGCAACAGCUCUCGACCAUCGAAAAGUCGGUCACACAUCUGCUGGUCGCUACGAAGCAGCUGCUGGAAACACUGACCAUGUGGUCCACUGCACGCGCCACAGAGGGCGAGGUGUCGGAUGUCUACGUGCGUUUGGGCUAUGAGUUCAACAUUGCAUGUCGUGCGUUCAAUGCCAUCGGGGUGGACACAUCUGAUCUGGGACCCGUGCCGGACAUGCUGCGAACAAUCUUGGAGGAGACGCWCAGCCAGGAGGCCAACCAGCAGAGCUUGGAAAAGUACUUGCCGCGGAUACGAGACAUCAUCAUCAACUUGCUGCAUGGGUUGAAGAAGAAACAGCAGAGAUUACGGCAGCGGAGCAAUCGAGAAGGUGGUGAAGCCAGUCGCCCGCCGAGACAAGCUUCCACUGCGAGCACCAUGAGCGUGAACUCCAAUCUCACCGAGCAGCUGGAAGAUGUUCCAUCCAGACACAUAAGCAACAGAUCGUUUGCUCAACGACAAGGUAGUGGGGACAUGGGAGCGCAGGAUCAUCUUCCUCCGCGAACGACCAGCGUGGCUGGUGGAAGGAGCUCGCCGCACAAGCCUGGGCUAAGCCCGCGAAAUAGCAUCGGCGCCUCGCGCCAAGACACUGCCAGCACCGAUUCGGGCUCGUCAAUGUCCAGUAGUACUGCACAAAGUAUACCUGUGAUUGCGCCCUAUCCCGAAAACGAGACGAUGCCAUCGAAUGGCGGAUAUGAACAGGACCAACCGCAUCAAUACGAGCGGCCUUCUGCCUCGCCAGAAGCACCCAAGCCCCCGCCAAAGGCGAACGACGCUUUGACUGCGCUGCAGCGCGGAGGAGAGCUGGAGCGAAGAGCAUCCCGGCGUUUUUCUGCCUAUCAAAUUCAGAAGCACCUGGGCACGUCGAUGAAUGGGAUUCCGGCGAUACCGGCAGCUCAAAACUCACCCAUCCCGAAUAGGGGUCGAGACGUGCGUGAGUCUCUGAACGCUGUGCGAUCACGAGGAAGUAUCUUGCACAGUCGGGCUGGAUCACGCAUGCAGAAGAAUGGUGUCGAAAGUUCCCCCAACAGAGAUCUCGAAGUGAGACGCAUUUCCGAGGAGAGUAGUAUGCAACAGGAAGAGUUUGCGCCCCCAAGCAAACCAUUCACUUCGCAACAGCCAGAAAGUCCUUUGGUGAAGACUCCCGAGGACAAACUUGGGCCAUCUCCCUUCUUCCCACCCGCCGAGGAAACUAUCGGCGCCACGGUGAACGGUCCCAUCGAAGAGCCUUUCCAUCCGGAUCAAGGAUAUACGACCAACGAUUCAACCCCCGCUUUGAAACGUCAAUCAGCGCGAACAACCCGCGAUCAUACACCCCCAGUCUCGCAAUAUGUCUCAGAGGGCUCUCCGCAGCCAGGCAAGGAGCUCACUUUGUUUCUACAAUAUAAAAGCAAGAUCAAGAAAUUCGUGCUGUCCGAUGGAGGCGACCUCAGCAUACCUCGACUGCAGCUGGCCUUCAUCGAGAAAUUUGCUUGGAACACGCACAACAAUGGCGUCGACUUGCCAGAGAUAUAUAUACAAGAUGCCGUUUCUGGCGUGAGGCACGAAUUGGAAGACUUGAGUGACAUCAAGGAAAGGUCUGUGCUUGUGCUGAACGUGGAAGCGCUGGACGAGGUGAAACGACACUUCGACGAUGGUAUUGGGAGCUUGCGGCGAAUCGUCGAAGGUAUUCGCUCCAGCGUGGAUGACCAGCACUCGACGAUUCAAAGAGUGUCCGACAGACAGCAAGAAACAGCCCAGGAGCUGGCAAAGAUCGCAGCGGCACCUCCAUCAGCACCUGCACCUCCAAUCGUCAAUGGGUCAGCCCCUGCCAGCAAGGACAUGACUGGUCAGCUCAAAGAGGUACAGUCACUCCGUCGCGAUCUUGCUGUGGUACGGCAAACAUAUACCUCCUUUGUGUCCGACAUGCAGGCUUCCAUGUCCACGCUCAAGACGAAAGCUGCAAGUGUCAAGCAGGCCGCGACCAUCACGCCUGUCCCAGUCAUGGAUAAUAACACUGGCCGCGCCUACGUCAACACRGGCAAGAAGUCGCUUUCCGAUGAUAGUGAGAGCAUCGUCAAUCGCGUCGACGAUCUCCAGGAUCUUGUCGAGGACCUCCGUAAAGACGUUGUGACCCGCGGUGUGCGCCCGCUUCCCCGCCAGCUCGAAGACGUCAGCAGAGACAUUAGUGUCGCCACUGCUGACCUCAAGAAACUGCAAGACUUUUUACGAAAAGAGAAACCGAUCUGGACCAAGAUUUGGGAGAAAGAGUUGCAGGUCGUUUGCGACGAUCGUGAUCUGUUGACCAUGCAGGAAGAGCUUGCCGCAGAUCUCGAAGACGAUCUCAACAAAGCUGCGCAGACGUUCGAGCUCGUUGAGCAGGCCACGAAGCAACAGAACCUUGCGAGUCCGACGGGCGCUACGCAUCCCGGAUCUCGAUCUAGCUCACGAACGCUCAUGCCUAUACCGUCUGCCGACCCUGCAAAGGCAAAGGAUAGUGUUCUCGGAGAGGUCAGGGCUCUGCAGCCCAACCACGAGUCAAGGCUCGAAGCGAUUGAGCGCGCGGAAAAGGCAAGACAAAAGGAGCUUGAGAGCCGCAAAGAAGGAGAGUUUCAAAAAGAGCUCGGCAACUUUGUCGAAGAGGGGAAGCUCAAGAAGUCUGGAGGCGUCGAGGAAGUCGAGCGCCAAAGGAAGCAACGCGAGGAGAGGACGAGAAGGGAAAUUUGGGAAAGGCAGCAGGCAAGAGCGAAAGAAAUGGCAGAGAAGCAAGCUGCCGCGGCUGCUGAAGCGCAAGCCCAGGCGGCGAGCGCAGGAGAUAAUGAGAACGACGCACCAGCUGAGGGCGAUGACCAGCCGCCUCCAGUGCCUGAAAAGGAUCCAGUGCCAGAUAAAGAUGAUGCAUCAUCGAAUGAGGAGGUGGCGUCUGAAGAGGCGAGCGAGGAUGUCCCAGCGCCGAAUCCAUAG